AUGCGGCUGGGACGGCCAGGGAAGUUGAGCGUGGUGAGUCGCGGAAUGUCUGCAUUUCAUGCGGGAAGGCCGCCGCGUGCCUUGCGCCCGGGCUACACCCCCCUGUCAACUACCCACACGGUCUUUGGACAGAAGCAGGCCACUGUGCCUGCUGUGCCGCGCCGCAGGAGCCUGCUUUCGACGGAUCAUCCGGUCUUCGGCACAAGUAAACCGCUAACUUCUGAUGGACCAUUUAAGGGCCCCAUUAGUAUUUCGGGAUUUUUUUUGGCCAUUGACCCCAACUUCGCGGCAGGGACACAAAGCCGGAUGAACCCAAAUGCACAAAUAACAGUGCGUGACAGUGAGGGAAACAUGUCGCGCGUCCGCUACCGCUGUCACCUAGAGUCUGAUACCGGACUGAAACUAGAGGCGCUUAUACGACUCCAGGUUGGGUGGGUCUCGCCGAAGGUGACUUUCUCCUCUAUCCCCUAUGUCAUCUACCUUGGAAAGGGCUUCGAUGUGAGCAUUCCAUUCCUUAUGCACUUCACCAUGGUGUCGGUGUUGGAUGAGCAUGGGGAUCACACGGGAAGCUUUCUCUACUUUAGCGGGACCCCCAUGCUCGGAUUCUCGGCGGGCCUCACCCAAAUUCGGAGAGGGAAGUUAGUGCUAAACCCAUCGAGGGAGGUGGAUCCCGUGGAGGAGUCUAAACAGUUUGUUGGUAAUAUUCAUGUUCGACAAUUGGGCUUUGUCGUACUAAAAUGUCUCGUGUACGCUUUGUGUUGUCUCGCGUGCGUUCCUGCUUCGCAGCGCGUUUUUCAGUACAUUCUGCCUGAUCCGUUUCACCGACACAGUGAAGGCGCAGUUUGA